AUGGAGAUUUCCUCGGAUGAUGAGGAUGUUCAUUUUAUUGCAGAGGUCCCUUGUCGAGUUGCUGAGGAGGUGCAAGGGGAAGGUGUUGAUCAGGCUGCUUUGGUGGUUCAUCAGGAACCACCAGUGGUUCAUGAGGAAGUGCAGCCUGAAGUAGAAGAGAAACAGGAAGAAGAUGAGGAGGAAGAAGAGGAAAGAGAUGAGGAUGAGGCGCAAGAUGAGGAAGAAGAAGAUGAGGAGGGUGAGCCUCAAGAGGAGCAGGUGCAGGGGGAAGUGUUUGAAGAAGAGGCAGGGGAUGUUGAUGAGGGACAAGAAGUGGAUCCCGGGGAGUUUAAUGUAGAUUCCGAGGAUGAAUUUGGAGGUAACAUAUAUCAUUACUCUCUCGGGGAUUCUGAUGUAGAUUCGGAGGCAUCAAGUUCCCCUCGCCCUAGUAGUUCGGGUAGUAGUUUGUUUAAGCGGAAUAUUCCCUUAGAUUUUGCUAGAGAGCAUUUUUGUAGACUUGGGAAAACGACUGAUGUUGUGUUGUGGCUUUAUGAUACAAAGUUCAAAGCCAAAUUGAAGAUAAAGACUUACGAUGGAAAAAUGGUGCAAUGUUUAAUUAAGGAUGGAGUUGAUGCAGUGAUUGAUGAGUACGAUGUUCAGGUUGAUGAAGGUGCUUUUGGUAAAGCUUAA